UAGAGAAACACAAACAACCACCGAUUAACGGUUAAUUGAAUCUAACUCUCUCUCUCAACAAGACAAAGAUGUCUCCUCCGAUCUUCAUUUCUUGAAGCAAACGACGACGUCAACUCCUCUCUCUCUCUCUCACUUGUUGUUGCUUCAGAUCUCUCUCUCUCUCUCUACCUUCUUCUCCACUAGUAGUUAGGGUUUCACUGUCUCCUGUAUAUAUACAUACUCUACUCCAUAGAUCCAAUCAUCCAUGCCAAUAUUUCAACUACUGUUCCUCAUUUGAUUUCAUUCCUCUUUAUUCUUCUACUACCUGUUGCUGUUGCUGUUGAAAUCGAAUCAAAAUGGUGGUUUCUGGACCUCUAACACCUGGACAGGUGUCUUUUUUGCUUGGUAUCAUCCCUAUAUUUGUUUCUUGGAUUUAUUCAGAAUGGUUGGAAUACAAGAAAUCUUCGUCCCCAUCUAAACUACACUCAGACAAUAGCUUGGUUGAAUUACAAAGUGAAGCAAUUAAGGAAGAUGAUCGGGCUGUUUUGCUGGAAGGAGGCCUUACAAAAUCAGCAUCAAUGAGGCAGCCUGCUGCUUCCAUUAAAGCAAACUUGAUUAGAUUUGUGACAAUGGAGGAGUCCUUUUUAAUUGAAAAUCGAGCAACCCUAAGAGCAAUGUCAGAAUUUGGGGGAAUUUUAUUCUAUUUCUACAUAUGUGACCGCACCCGCUUAAUUCCUGAAUCAACAAAGAGCUACAAUCGCGAUCUUUUCAUGUUCCUGUACGCUCUUCUUAUCAUUGUUUCAGCAAUGACUUCUCUGAAGAAACACAGUGACAAGUCAGCAUUCUCGGGGAAAUCGAUACUUUACCUCAAUCGACAUCAAACAGAGGAGUGGAAAGGAUGGAUGCAGGUUCUCUUCUUAAUGUAUCAUUACUUUGCUGCCACUGAGAUAUACAAUGCGAUUCGUGUUUUUAUUGCUGCCUAUGUCUGGAUGACUGGUUUUGGCAACUUCUCCUACUAUUACAUUCGAAAGGAUUUCAGUGUUGCACGAUUUUCUCAGAUGAUGUGGAGGCUGAACUUUUUUGUGGCAUUUUGUUGUAUAGUUCUCAACAACGACUAUAUGCUUUAUUAUAUCUGUCCUAUGCACACUCUUUUUACUCUUAUGGUGUAUGGGGCACUUGCUAUUGGAAGCAAAUAUAACGAGAUAAGAUCAGUGAUGAUUGUGAAGCUUGUUGCUUGCUUUCUUGUGGUUGUCUUGGUUUGGGAGAUCCCAGGAGUUUUUUAUUUAAUCUGGAGCCCUUUCACAUACCUAUUAGGUUACACUGAUCCUGCAAAACCAGAUCUCCCUCGGUUGCAUGAGUGGCAUUUCAGAUCUGGGCUAGAUCGCUAUAUAUGGAUUGUUGGAAUGAUUUAUGCUUAUCUUCACCCUAAUGUUGAAAAGUGGAUGGAAAAGCUUGAGGAGUCUGAUAGUAAGCGGAGACGCGUCGUUAAAGCAUCCAUUGUUUCAGUCUCUGUUGUGGCUGGUUACAUGUGGUAUGAGUACAUAUACAAGUUGGACAAGGUUACAUACAACAAAUACCACCCUUACACAUCAUGGAUACCUAUAACUGUCUACAUUUGCUUGAGGAAUUUCACUCAACAUCUUCGAAAUUACUCUUUAACUCUCUUCGCGUGGCUUGGUAAGAUCACUUUGGAGACGUACAUAUCUCAGUUCCACAUCUGGCUAAGAUCAGAUAUCCCGAAUGCACAGCCAAAGUGGCUUCUCUCGUUUAUACCAAAUUACCCUAUGCUUAAUUUCAUGCUUACAACUGCAAUUUAUGUCUUGGUAUCGUGCCGGCUUUUUGAGCUGACAAACACACUGAAAUCGGUUUUUAUACCCACGAAAAACGACAGACAGCUGCUUUACAAUUUUAUUGCUGGUGCACUAAUUUUUGGGUGUUUAUACACAAUUGCAUUCAUUGUUGUUCAGAUUCCUCAAUAAUAAUCGGCACAAUGACAUACAUAGAUGGAGCAACUAUAAUUCCAGAUUCCACGCAGCAAGAAUUUUUGAGGAAAUCAUCAUUGUUGUUUUUCAUUAGUGUUGGAAGUCCGGUUGUCAUAGUUUAAGGUAAUUCUUUUGUAAUCUGGAUUUGUUGAGGGAGAAAACAGAACAUGUAAUUUAGAUUCAUAUGAAAUCAGAAAAGAAAGGCACUGUAUGUGAAGAAUUUGAAUUUUUUUUUUUAUGGAUCUAAAUACUAUAUAGAUAAUGGGAAGCUUAAAUGGUGUUA